GAAAUGUUCUUAGCAAUCAUAAAUUAUUUAAUCGAUAAUAGACUUUCAUCUAAAUAAGCUAAAUUAUCAAAUUAUAAAGAAAGAAUAGUUGAUAUAACAUACAAACAAACAAACAUACCUCCAACCAAAGCCAAAUCUCCAAUUAUUAUUUCAUAUUAAUUCAUAGGAGUGAUUUCACCAUAACCCAUUGAUACAAUAGUUUCAACUGCCCAAAAAUAGCUUAUUACAUAUUAUGUAAAAUGAUUCAUCUCAUUUAUAUUUCCAAUCACACUAUUUGAAUACUCUAACCAAGUUGGUUCAUUUAUUGAAAUUGAGU